AUGCAGAUCUUUGUUAAGACUUUAACUGGCAAAACUAUCACUCUUGAAGUUGAACCUUCAGAUUCCAUCGAAAAUGUGAAGGCCAAAAUUCAGGAUAAGGAAGGUAUUCCUCCAGAUCAACAACGUUUGAUCUUUGCUGGCAAACAGCUAGAAGAUGGCCGUACUCUAUCGGACUACAACAUCCAGAAGGAAUCUACCCUUCAUUUGGUGUUACGUCUUCGUGGUGGUGUUAUGGACCCUACCAUGAAGGCUUUGGCCAUCAAGUACAAGUGCGAAAAAAUGAUCUGCCGUAAGUGUUAUGCCCGUCUUCAUCCACGAGCAACAAACUGCCGUAAAAGGAAGUGCGGUCACAACAGCAACCUUCGCCCUAAGAAGAAGCUUAACAAGUAA